AUGAGUUACACGUUCAGGAAGACCCACUGGCCUCCACAGGCGAUUGAUCCUGCGGUCAAGCAUCUCAUAGAGCGCUAUUAUACAUUGGCUGAUUUCAAUGGUCCUGACGCUGGCGAUGUAUUAGCAGAUGAAGUCUUCACAGAGACUGGAACGAUGAUAGGCCCUACUCAGAAGUUUUGCGGUUCCGAAGAGAUUAGAACAUCCCUUAAAGGGCCCGUCAGUCCUGUUAUUUCGCGACGACAUGAGAUUCUCAGAGUCUACAUUGGCGACGACAAAGGAUAUGAUCUCAUGCUGAUUGGGACCAAUAUGGCCACCUUGAAAAGUGGAUACGAAAUCAUUGGAGAUUUUGCAGCGAGAUUUCUCAUUGAUGAUGAGAGUGUAAGAAAGGGAGCUCCACGUCUGAAGCUCUCGCAGGUCUACACGGAUACUGCACCAAUGGCUGCAGCCAUGAAAAAUGAUUGA